AUGAAUGAGAUAGGUGAUAUGAGAUUUGUAUUUUUUUUAAAUAUUAAAGUUUUCAUUCUAGAUCAACUGUUAUAGCUACUUUAUACAUAUAAUUUUGUGGUAAAAAAAGUCAACCAAGAAAUUUUGAAAAGCUUUUGUGAAAUAAUAAAGUUUUAUCGUUCUGAAACGUUCAUAUAUAAUAAAAAUUGGCGACAAGACUUUAUUAGAGUCUUUAUAUUAUUACCGUUUGUUGUAAAAAAUUAAAUAUUGUUGUUAUCUUGUAUUACUAUUACUAUUACUAUAUGUUUUGUUAUUAUUGAAGCAAGGGCAACAGAACGAGCUGGUGCAAAAAUAAAAUAAAUGUUUGUAUACUAAUUAGUUGUAUAUUUUUAGAUUUAAAUUACAUCUUCAAACCCAAAACUCCUUGAAAACAUGAGAGCUACCAAGUUUUUCACCAGUGUUUUCAGAAGAGAGCAAACUAAAAAAGUAAGUUUACAAUACUACUUAAAGUUUAAAGCACUAUUUAAGAUUAAAAAUUUCUAAAACAAAAUUUUUAAAAAUUUUCUAUUUUUCAAAAAUUAUUAUCAAAUUUUAGUUAACUUCUAAACUUAUUUCAUCGUAAGUCACUGUGAAUGAAGCUAAAGCCGAAGAAGAAGCCAACGACAACCGAACUGAACUCAACCCAUCCCCAACCUAUUUUGGAGCGUCUACAGUAGGAUUCGAGGACGAUUCAGAAUCGAGCAUGGAAGGCUUUGUCACAUGUGUUAAGGACGAUGACUCCAGUGAUGGUGAAGAAACUGUAGUCGUUGGUGGAGUACAAAAAAACCCUUCUUCUAGAUCAGUUGACUAUGGAAAUACCGAAGUUGACAAAGCCCAAGUGUUCAAUUCAAGCCACAACACGACCUUGCAGGACAAAGUGGUGUAUUUGAGCAGAGCUGUGGACUACACCAGAGGAAGGAAAGAUGUAAAUUGGUUUUUUAAAAUUAUUUGUUGCGACAAUGAGUAUUGUGAUAAAGGUGUGAUAUUUUAG